AUGGAAUUCGACAAAGUUGACGACCUGGUCGAAGACUAUUUCAAGAAAUUUCGAAGGAUACCGGCAAGCGUCCAUUUGCUCUGUGCCAAAGUCGACGACGAUGACGUGGAGGACUACGACGACCUGACACAAGAUGGCCUGGACAUCUCACUUGACGAGAAAAAGAAGAGGGUAGAAGAUGCCACGGUCCGAUUAGAUCUUGCCUACUGGACGAGCCUCUUGACGGCCUAUCCCAAGGACAAGGCGGGCGUCUGGCUGGAUCAAUGGAACGACAGAAUGUCCACGGCCUUGCACGACUGCGACAAAUGCGUAGUGAACUGGCACAUGCACCGCAAGGAAUAUCUUCAAAAAUUCGCUGCCAAAUGGGAUGACCAGGUAGCCCACCAGCUGGAAAAUAACCUGCACCGAUACGAUUUUGCGAGGAUCAAUGAGGGCUUGAACUGGGCGAAAGAAAUCAUCGAGACAUUGGAGGAGACGGAAGGCCGGGCUUUCUCGCGUGCCGACCUUGGAGACGAAUCGGGCCGCGUGCUCCUAACCAUUUUCGAAGCCCUCUGCUGCAUGGCCUAUCUUAGCGACCCCCAGCGGCGGAUGCUUUUCCAGGUCGUCUUCGAGCGAUUAUCGAGCAAGAAACCCCUGAAGCUCGGGGACAACGUACUCCUUCCGGCCAUGACGUAUUUCUUGUUCGAGAAAGACCCGACCCGCCACCGCUUCGCCGUCAAGUCCUGGGAACGGAUCGCCCCAAAGUCGGUCAGGCAACAGCAGUUCGACUGGGCCAUCCGCGACCACCUAGUGCCCAUCCUCGAGAAGGCGGCCAUGUGGGACCCCAACCACGUCGACCACUACCCCGACGUCCAGCAGUUUUGGGAGGGCAUCAACUUCAUCCUCAAGGCCCUGGGCGGAGAAGUCAUGCUGCGCGGCAUCCGCAGCCUCGACACGCAACCGCGGUUCGGCGACUUGUUGUUCAGCCACAUCCACUGCAGAUCCGAGGCGAUCCUGCUCUAUGUCAUCCAGGCCCUGUCCACCAUCCUGAAGACGGCCCCGCAAGUCAUUCGCGACACCAUCAACGACGCACGCUCGUUCGUCGUCGUCGAGCAGAUUUUCAUGACUCCGUUGAUCCGGCGACUCCUUGCCCAGUCCGUAGCCUUCGCGAUGCAGUCGCCCGACUCCGAUUCCAGCCACGCGGAAUGCGCCACCAUUUCUUGGAUAGAUACAUGGAUUCGCUCGCUUCAGCUCUCCGAGAAGAGUGACGCCUGCGGCCUCCUUCUCCGCCUGCUGUUCACCAGGGAGCUUGUGAAUCCCGAACUGGGCGAGGUGGGGAGGGCUGCGUGCAUCCGGGCCGGACUAGAUGCCCUUGAACACGUCCUGCAGUCCUUCCUGGACCCUUCCGUAAACCUCACCUCCAGUACCAUAUCCGUAUGGGUGAACUCGACGCUCAACGAGACCCUGAGCUACCGUGACAUUAUCAAGGAGGCCUUUCGUAGCGAGUCCCAGGCUUCGUGCGCCCUGGGUGUCCACCGCGCCUCCAUGAGAGUCAUCAAGGCCGCCCUGAGCUUGGACUCCAGGGUUAUGUCUGCGGAGCAUCAGAAGCUGCGCUUGGAAGACGCCGAGGACCUCCAAAAGAAGGGCACCUCCUCGUCCUCCUCGCGACUGCUCCAACAGGCCGUGCUGCGAGACUCGCCGGCGCUUUGGAAGGCCUUCUCUGACCUUCUCGAGCCUGGCAGGAUGCUUCUCGCCCAGAACAUGGUUCUCGCCAUGGGACCGUUGAUCAAGCUCGACAGGUUCCGAGCUAGGCGCAAGGAACCCGACUCCAUCGACCAGGUGCGCAAGCGCCUCAACGACGAACUGCAGAAGACGGCUGGGGCCUGCGGCGGCGUUAUGCAGCUCCUUUGCGACUUCACCAGGGACGACCUCAGCAACCUCCUCUACCAGGGACAGCUCAUCCGGCCCGUGCUGGCACUCAAUCUCCACGCCGAGGAGGAGCUCCGCGACGCCAGCAAGGAGGUGGUCAAGACGUUGACCGAGGAGUUCUCGCACUCGGAAGCCCUGCUCGAGUUGCUCCGAAGUCGUCUGGAGUACACCCUCGCUUCGCUCAACUUCGGCGUUCGGCAACUCGUCGAGUCGAAGAUUCUGACGUGGGGCUCCGCCAUUCCCGUCAUCACGACGGGCCGCAACGUUCUCAGCGCCCUCUCCGACUCGACGUCGGGAAUCCUUCGUUCUCGCGAGCUCGACGCCGGCGAAGACGCCGCGCUCUCGACCUGGUGGAAGACGCAGUGGGCGUACAUAAGAAGAGCCUUCGAAACCAUCGGGUCGCACUGGCAUCGCGAGGUCGAGGUCAAGGUCAUGGAAGACUUUUGUCGCGAUACCAUCGAGUUAGCCGACAGCCUCGCCGCGCAAUGCGGGACUAUCGCCUCGGCUCUGCAGCCGGACCGGCGACGGAGCCAGCCGGCCGAGGGGGGCCGCCGUGACGACAGCCUCCAGUCGCGGAUGCACAUGUUACUGGGCGACCCGAAGGGCCAUCUCACCCCUAUCGUCUACAUGAUUCGUCUCCGGGACAAAUACCUAGUCGACGUCACCGUAAAGGUGGUGGCCAGGCUGCUGACGAGGCUUCGGGAGAACGACCACGAGAUUCCCCUCGAGCCGAGGAACAUGAUCCGGUCCAUCUGCAUCAAGGGCCCGGAUGGCCGGUAUGGUGUCCCUUCCAACGCCAACGACCAGCAACGAGCCGAGCUGCUCAAGGCCCUGGGCGAGGAUGACGAGUUGCAGGUUGUUCCCAUCCUGCCUUCGCAGCAGCAGCAGCAGCAGCAGCAGCAGUUGAAGAAGAAGCAAAGCACCAUCGACGCCUGGUCGAAAUCUGCCUCCUCGUCGGCGGCGUCGAAACCGAGGUCAAAUAAGGACGAUGUCCUGGAGAUGAGCAGCUCCUUGGACAAGAAGCGAUCGCUGCUCGACCAGAUCACCGCUCGCCAGGCGCCAGCGACAUCCAAGCUGAAGUCUCUUGCCCCGACGUUGAGGGCGAAGCCCGACCCCGGCCUUGCCGCUCUGAUCGAAUCCAGGAGGGCGUCCAAGGCGGAGAAGGCGAAGCGAGACGCGGCUGCCAUCGCCAAAGCAAAGGCCCUGAGGGGUACCGAGGUCAAAGGCCUGAGCGGCGUCGUGGGCAAGGACCACGCGCCGCAAAAGAGCGCCAUCAUGGUGGACAGCGACGAAGAUGACGAUGACGACUCGGACGAUGGGGAUGUCCAGGCACUCAUCGCCAGGAACGAGCAAGGGCAAAAGGCCGUUGACGAAGCCACGAGGCGGCGGGAGCGCGCGCUGCUGGAGAAGACGCGAGGUCCCGUCAAGAAGACGAGGAUCAUUCGUUCGGCGAAGGACAUGCGAGCUCGCUUGAUUCCUCCCAUGGACCAACUGCACCAGGCCAUAUUGGAGUGGGAUAUUUUCUUCCAAGGGAACGACCCGCCGAACCUGGGAGGCUGUGUUCGGGUGGCCGACACCUACAUGAACCCGGAUCAGUACCGGCAAACGUUCUGGAACCUGCUCAUAUCCGAAGCCUGGCGCUCGUUCGUGACGUCGAAGGACGAGGCCACGUCGAAGAGCUACGGCAUCCGGAUCGCGUCCCGGAUGACGGUUGAUCGAUUCCUCGAGGUGACGGCGAGCAUGCCCGCUGCCGAGAACAAGGAGCGCGGCCUCUCGGAGGGGGACAUCGUCCUCUUCUCCAAGUCGCCCUCGCCGCUCAACGACCCUGGCGAGGCGCAUGCCCUGGCCCGAAUCUGGAAGACGGCGUACAAGCGGGACUCUCUCGAGGUGACGUACCGCUUAAACUCCAAGAACAACCCGCUGCAAGGGAGCCUUCACAUCAACUCGGAGCUGUACGCGCUGAAGAUCACGAACAUGACGACCAUUGAGCGUGAGUAUGCGGCGCUCGAGAGCUUAAAGUAUUAUGAUCUUAUGGACGAGGUGCUCAAGGCGGAGCCGUCCCCCAUCCUGAAGUACAGCGAGGAUGCCGUUCGGCUCCUCAUGAACACCUACCAGCUCAACCCGGCCCAGGCGACGGCCAUCCUGGGAGCCAGGGACAACGACGGCUUCACGUGCGUACAAGGGCCGCCCGGCACGGGAAAGACCAAGACCAUCAUCGCCAUGGUCGGCGUCAUCAUGUCGACGAACGCGUCAAAGAAGAUACUGGUGUGUGCUCCCAGCAACGCGGCCGUGGAUGAGCUGGUGCUGCGACUCAAGCAAGGCGUCACGACGACGAAUGGCGCCCGGACAAAGGUCAACGUCCUACGUCUGGGCAGGAGCGACGCGAUCAACGCGGCCGUCAAGGAUGUGACGCUGGACGAACUGGUCAAGAAGCGCAUGGAGGGAGACACUACCAAGGAGAACCUCAAGGCCGACCGCGACAAGCUCCACUCGGAGGCCGCGGCGAUCAAGACCAAGUUGGCCGAGCUCAGGCCGCAGCUCGAAGCGGCUCGGGCGACCGACCCGGACCUUUUCUCGCGCCUGCGGAAUGAGACGGACGCGCUCCGGCUACAGCAGAGACGCAUCGGUUCGCAGAUCGACGCGGACAAGGAGAGCGGCAACACGCUCUCCCGCGAGAUGGAGAUCAGGCGCAAGAAGGUACAGCAGGAGAUCCUGGACUCGUCCCAGGUGCUUUGUGCCACGCUAAGCGGCAGUGGGCACGAGAUGUUCAAGAACCUCAGCGUGGACUUCGAGACGGUCAUCAUCGACGAGGCGGCGCAGUGCGUGGAGCUCAGCGCGCUGAUCCCGCUGAAAUACGGGUGUACCAAGUGCAUCCUCGUCGGCGACCCCAAGCAGCUGCCCCCGACGGUGCUGUCCCAGUCGGCGGCCAAGUUUGGGUACGACCAGAGUCUCUUCGUGCGGAUGCAGCGCAACCACCCGGAGUACGUGCACAUGCUCGACCGGCAGUACCGCAUGCACCCGGAGAUCAGCCAGUUCCCCAGCCAGGAAUUCUACGAGGGCAAGCUCGUGGACGGCGACGACAUGGCGGGCCUGCGGCUGCGGCCCUGGCACAGCAGCCCGUUGCUCGGGCCCUACCGGUUCUUCGACGUGGAGGGCAGUCAGGAGAGGGGGCAGAAAGGUCGGUCGUUGGUCAACGUACAGGAACUCAACGUGGCGAUGAAGAUCUACGAGCGGUUCCGCCGCGAUUACGGGCAGCAGCAGCAAGAGGACCUCAGGGGCAAGAUCGGCAUCAUCACGCCGUACAAGGCGCAGCUCUACGAGCUCCGAAACCGGUUCACGGGUCGGUACGGCGAAGGGGUGAUGCAGGAGAUCGAGUUCAACACUACGGAUGCGUUCCAGGGCCGGGAGUGCGAUAUCAUUAUCUUCUCGUGCGUACGAGCGAGCGCGACGGGCGGCAUCGGUUUCAUGCAGGACAUUCGGCGUAUGAACGUCGGUCUGACGCGUGCCAAGUCGUCUCUCUGGAUCCUGGGAGACUCGAGGGCACUGGUGCAGGGAGAGUUCUGGGCGAAGCUGAUCGAGGACGCGAAGCGUCGUAAACUGUACACGCGUGGCGACGUCAUCUCGAUGCUCUCGAAACCGAGUCAGGCUGCUGCUGCCCUGCCCCGGCCGGGACGGGAACCGGCUUUUCUUUCACUCUCUGCUCCCCCUGCCCGAGAGGCCAACAAGCACGAUGCGAAUAUCGUCCCCGCUCGACCUCUGGGCGGCCGCCCCACGGACAAUCGCGGACCUGCUCGGGAUGGGGAUCGAACUGAUAGCAUCAACGAGCGGGGCGAACCACGGCCGGCAGUGGCACGGGAUGCGGAUGCGCCACCGGUGAUCCAAACUCCGGCGAUACAGCCGUCGCGGAUGUCGGAUGCCAAGAAACGACCUCGAGAAGGAGAUGGCGACGGUGUGCCGACGGGAAAGCGGGUAUGUCUGACCAGGACGAAGAAGAAGAAGGGGAAGGAGACAACUUCGACGGCCGAUUCUGAUUCUGACCCAACCAUGACAGGUUGCCGCCGCGGCCGCGCCGUCCAACAACAACAACAACAACAACAACAACAACAACAAGCCUCGCGGCGGCCCGAGACCGAACGAACAGGCGAGGCCACCGCCGACGGGGCCCAAGGCGAUGAUGACGAGGGACCACAGGGAACAGCGGCCGGCGAAGCAAGCGACGGAUCCGUCGGCGAUGGUGGCUCUCGGUCUAGUACCCCCGGCACGGCCUCCACCUGUGCCAGCGGGAUCGAGUGGAACGACGUUUGGGAAUACGGCACCUGGUUUGGAUCUCGUGAACCGACUCCAGCAGAGGGUAAGCGAGCUCAAAUGUUCUUUUUAUCAACUAGCUAG